CUCAGACAACGGCGGACGCGCGUCUUAUUCAUCCAUUCCCAAAAAAUCGGCCCUCUUCACUCGAAGAGUCCAACUUUAUCCCUCCGAUCCCUUUCCUCUCCGCUCACUCGCUCCGUGGAGUCUCCUUCCACUUGUGUCCUUCGGCCAGUCUCCGAUUCAAGGUUCGCCCGUGAAUCGACCGCUUCUCCCUUCUUUCUCUCCUAAUUAUUCCGAAAGAUAUCAAACUUGAAAAACCUGAAUUUGAGUUCAAUUACAGGCUUUUCUUUUAGGGGAUAGUUUUGGUUGGCCAUGUCAAGUGUUAGGAAUACUCACUGGUGCCACAGAUGCAUGAGAGCUGUCAAGCCUCUUGGGCGGGACAUGCUCUGCCCCAACUGUAGUGGAGGCUUUGUUCAGGAACUUGAUGACAUGGGAGGCAUCAUGAAUGCUUUUUUCGCAACAGACCCUGAUGAAUUCCAUGACCAUAGAUUUGGUAUAAUGGAUGCCAUUGCUUCCAUGAUGAGGCAAAGAAUGGCAGGGAGGGAUCGCGGCUAUGAUUUCCAACCCAGGCAUGAUACAAUAACUAGUGAUGGGAUAGGCUUUGGACCUGGUCCAUGGCUGCUGUUUCGCGGCCAGGUUCCUGAGGAAAGAGGGUUUGAGAUCCUCUUCAAUGGUGGUCCUGGUUCAGGGAUUCGUCGCACCAACAUUGCAGACUACUUCAUGGGGCCAGGGCUGGAGGAAUUGAUAGAACAAUUGACUCGGAAUGAUAGGCGCGGACCUCCGCCAGCUGCAAGGUCAUUGAUUGAUUCCAUGCCUACUGUUAAGAUCAGUCAGCGGCAUCUUCGUGGCGAUUCUCACUGUCCAGUGUGUAAGGAUAAGUUCGAGUUGGGAUCUGAAGCGCGAGAGAUGCCUUGCAAACAUUUGUAUCACUCGGAUUGCAUCGUCCCUUGGUUAAUACGGCACAAUUCCUGCCCAGUCUGUCGCCAAGAAUUGCCAACACAUGGUACUGGGGGCAAUUCUCGCUCGGGUUCAAGUAACAAUAGUUCAGCUGUUAGUGAAAUACAAGUAGGGAGUAGUAGUGAUUCUGGUGAUAGGGAUAAUGGGGGUAGAAAUCAAGGAAGAAGAAAUCCUUUCUCAUUCUUUUGGCCUUUUCGCUCUUCAAACUCCAAUGCCAGUUCCUGAUAGCCACAGGGUGAAGGCACUGGUUCUGUCUCUGAUGGUGAAUUAGAGUUGUUUGGAUGGCCUUUCAAUACUGGCUGGCACCUAAAUCUGCAACUCAUGUUUUGGUGAAAUCUGAAACAAUGGCUCUUUUAUAAUAUAUUUCUUAUAUGUUAGUGGUGGCAUGCUUUCCUUUAAUAGCUAUGUUUUGUAAUUUGUUUUUUUUUUUUUUUUUAAUUUCAUGGUGUUGCUCUUCAGAAUUAUCCUUAAAAGCUGUUAUUUCUUCAAGUUUGGUGAACUCGUUCUGCCAUCUGAUGAUAGGAAGUCAGUUUGGAACUUUUUUUUAA